AUGGCGAAGGAGGGGCCGAGCCAGGCUUGCGCCGCCUGCAAGUUCCAGCGCCGCAAGUGCGGUGCCAAUUGUCUGUUAGCCCCCUACUUUCCGCCAGACCAGCCCAAGCUUUUCGAGAACGCCCACCGCCUCUUCGGCGUCAGCAACAUUCUCAAGACCCUCUCCGUCAUCGAUCCUUCUCUGCGAUCCGACGCCAUGCGCUCCAUCCUCUACGAGUCCGACCUUCGCGCCCGCUUCCCCGUCGAAGGCUGCGCGGGAGCCAUCCGCCAGGUCGCGAACCAAGUCUACUCCGCACUAGAGGAGCUCGCUUCCCUCAACGAACAGAUCCGCCAGGUCGAGAACGUCUCCUUCCCCGCCGGCGACAGCGACUGCGAUGGCGAUGGCGAUGGCGGCGGUGCAGCCAUAUCUCAGCUGAUGAAGGAGAUAGCUGCCUUCGCCCAGAAUAUGUAUGAUGGGCAGUUGUACCUUGGCCCCCAGCAGCCCAGCGAAAACAGGUAA